UAUAAAUUUGACGCCUCAGGACCCUGCACAAAUCUCACAAGCACCACAAGUGAAGGUGUAUUCACACAGCCAGUAUAAAGGAUUAAGAGGGAUGCAGCUCAAGUUGUGGUUCUCGUUUCUGCUGUUUCAUGGAAUCCAUGGCGUCCAUUCCUCCCGCGGCCAAUGGACAGCAAACGUCCCAGCAAAGAUCCAGGUCCUGCAGGGCUCCUGCGUGGUUAUUCCCUGCACCUUCACUUACCGCAAGCCUCUCUCAAAGGCGGUCAUCAACAGGAGGAUAGGGUUCUGGAAGAAUGGGAGAAAGGUCGUCUCAACCACUGUCCCCAAAUGGAAACUGCCCGUAGAGUACAAAAAAAGAACCCAGUUUUUGGGAAAACUGCAAGCACACAACUGCACCAUGCUGCUGGAUAGUGUCAGGAAGACUGAUGUCGGCCCGUUCUACUUCAGGAUCGAAAUGCCUCAAUACAAAAGCUACUCCUACACAAAGAAAGCAGUGUCCAUUGAUGUCAUAAGCAGUCCACAGCCUCCGUCUCUGACCGUAGAGGUGAAUGAUCAAAUAAAAGCCUCCUGCGCUGUGUCCCACGCCUGCCCAACCAUUCCCCCUGAAAUCUCCUGGAACCAUGCUGGAGCCGUCAAACUCAGAUCCAAGAGGCUGAACACGUGGAAGUGGGAGACGGUGUCGACCUUGACCUUUGACCCUCGACCCUCGGACUUCAACAAGCCGCUAAACUGCACCGUGCGGUACCGAGGAGGGAAGCAGGCGAUGAACUCCACCGUUCUCAGAAUAUGACGUGAUGACCACCUUUCAUUGUCCAUGGUGAAUGAAAUCAAAUCUGUAGUUUAACCCUUUAUCGGACGAAGAACUAUAUUUAACUUCAGUGGAUAACAAAAUGGGGUCCCUAUGUAAUAUUUCGAGAAGAAAGUUGCAGAUUUACUAGAUUAAAGUGGCAAA